GUUUCCAUUGAUCUGAUUUGCUUUCUGCUACACAAAGUUGAUUAAAAAAAAAAAAAUGGCUUGGCGCAGUGCUGCUCGCUCUUUCGUCUCUGCAACCGCUAGAGCUCCGUCUCUCCGAUCUCCUCCGGCAACGCUUCCUCGCCUCCGUCCUUCCCAAUCCUCUUUACCUCGCCGCCGAUUCGCCUCUUUCACUAAUCCCAGGAAUUUGGGAGAGCUUGGAUGCACAGAGUCUUUCUUGCCUCUGUACAAUGUAGUGUCUGCAGCUCGACUCACAUCUCACCUUAAUGUCAAUCUCCGAGCUUUCUGCGAGCUCUCUAACGGGAAUGGAAAAGAUGGGUGAUGGAAGUGGAUUUUCAGUCGCUGUCAAGAGAGGUGCUACUGCUUUUGUACUUAGAAUGCGCAAAGUGGAUGCAUCAGUAAUCUUGAAGCAGUUGGGUACUUGAAAAAAGGGGUGUACCAAGAAGAACUCAUUGGUUGUUUUGUCCUUCAUUAGGAACCAAAAACUAAAUAUAUUUAUUUGAUUUUUAUUCACAUUUGACAAUUUCCAGUUUUAGAAUAUCUGGUUAUUUCUUUAUAUUUCUUGUUUUUAAGCGCAAUGGCUAUGAAUACUCGAGGGUAGAUUCUUUCAGCAUAUUCCUGAAAGACCAUUGUUUCAUCUUGUAAUUUAUAAUGUUACUUAAAUCUCUUCGAGUGCUA